GUCAAAGCUUCGAUCGAGAUCACGGCAUUGUUUACGUUUGUUUUGGAGUGAAAAAGCAUUUUCAUCCGGGCAUUCCCAGACAUUAACAAUGAGGCUGCACCUGGCGGCGAUCCUGAUCCUCUGCAUCGAGCACGUAUCCAAGGCGGUCGCCCAGGGAAUGCCGAUCAGUCCGUGCCCCAAGGUGUUUCAGUACCGCUUCGACGGCAGCGAAUGGUUCGGCCUGAUGGCCGUGCGCAGUCCGGAUGGCCACCAGCCGCUCCACAUCCGGGUGACGCUCUCGAUGCGGGGCAAGCCCACGACGAACUAUCUGGGCGAAAUCGAGCUACUUACACGCGGCAAGUUUACACACAAUGCCCCGGUUCUGUACAAGAUCCGCUUUCCCAAGCAUCACUUCCCGCCCAAAUUGCUCCUCUUGUCGGCCAACAAUCAUGUGAUCUGCUUUGGAUCCGGCGAGCACAGCAUCUUCAUGACCCAAAUCCAGUUGGAGCACAUCAGGAAGUUGUCCUUUAUACCGGAUAAGAAGAGCUCCCUAUUGCUGGAUCCCGACGAGGAGGAGGAGGAGGUGCGAAAAACGAUCGACAAGCCACCCAGUACGCCGCACAUCCAGUUCAAGAAAAAACCCUUUGCCCAGGCGCCCAAGGAGAUUUGCGGACGCAUCGACAGGGAACUGGACUUUCACUUGUCCCAAAGAACGGAACCACUUCAUGGCCAAAAAGGGGAUCCCAAGAGCUCCGAUGACAUCACAGCGCCAGUUUUUGUCGAUGACGACGAAGAUGAUGGCCUUGAGCAUCAGUUUGUGGACGAAUCGGAAGCGGAUGCCGAAGCGAUAGAAAGCGAUGGCGCUGAUAGCCUGCCAUCGAUCACCAGGGGAUCGUGGCCCUGGCUAGCGGCUAUCUAUGUGAACAACCUGACUUCCCUGGACUUUCAGUGCGGUGGAUCGCUGGUCUCGGGACGCGUGGUAAUCAGCUCGGCGCACUGCUUCAAGUUGUUCAACAAACGCUACACAUCCAACGAGGUGCUCGUCUUUCUGGGCCGUCACAAUUUGAAGAACUGGAACGAGGAGGGAUCUCUGGCGGCUCCCGUCGAUGGCAUUUACAUUCAUCCCGACUUCAACAGUCAGCUGAGCAGCUACGAUGCGGAUAUCGCAGUGAUUAUACUCAAGGACGAAGUUCGAUUUAACACCUUUAUUCGGCCCGCUUGCCUGUGGUCUGGUUCCAGCAAAACGGAGUAUAUUGUGGGCGAGCGGGGCAUCGUCAUCGGCUGGAGCUUUGACAGAUCGAACAGUACCCAAGAUCAGAAGCUGUUGUCGGGGCUACCGGGCAAGAAGUCCACCGAUGCCAGUGCACCCAAGGUAGUAAAGGCACCCAUUGUCGGCAAUGCCGAAUGCUUUCGGGCCAAUGCCCACUUUCGCAGCCUAUCCUCAAAUCGAACAUUUUGCGCCGGCAUCCAGGCGGAGGAACGAGAUACGCAUCAGAGUGGUGCCAGCAUUUACACCGGCAUAUCGGGGGCCGGGCUUUUCAUCCGCCGGAACAAUCGCUGGAUGCUGCGUGGCACAGUGUCAGCGGCUCUGCCCGCCGUAGAGUCAACGGAUCCGGAAUCUAGCCAUAAGCUUUGCUGUAAGAACCAGUACAUCAUAUAUGCCGACGUGGCCAAGUUUCUGGACUGGAUCACGGCCUUCGUAAUUUAAAUCACAUCCGAAAUGCGUAUGGGGAACGCAUUUGUAUGUAAGCGCUGUGAUAGCCCCUUGGGCAUGGCGAUGGGAAAAAGUUACUCGGAGUAAUUAGCGGAUAUCGGUUUACUUUCUAGUUUUCGCACAGUAACUUGUGAAUGAUUAUGGCAUUUCAGUUUUACUUUUAUUUAAGACAGUAAGGCAAUUCAUAUAAUAAAUUAUGGCACGGGAAAGCCAAAAGGAAGUUUCCUAUAGAA